AUGGAUCCAGCAAAACAGGCUACGGUUAUGAGAGAAUUCCAAAAACAGUCUGCCCAAAUGGACAUGACUACUGAGAUGAUGUCAGAUUCCAAAGAUGAUGCUUUAGACAAUGAUGAAGCUGAAGACGAAACAGAGGAUCUGACCAACCAGGUUCUCGAUGAAAUCGGCAUUGGUAUUGCGUCACAGUUAUCAUCUGCUCCAAAAGGCAAAAUUGGCAGGAAGAAUGCAUCAGAAAAUGUUAGCAGCAGCAGCUCUGAAAUCGAUGAACUGGGGAAGCGGUUGGCUGCACUUAGAUAG